CGCCCAGAGCUUUUAACAUUCUAGCGUCAUCAAAUCCUGGAAAAUUUAGAAUCAGGCUAGGGGCAAUCUGCAAUCUGCAUGUGUAAAAGAAGGAUCUUGCUUAUCUCAGGAGGAUCCUACAAGAUCAAAGUUACGUUUUGGCUUCGUUUGUUGACCUAAUCUUCUGCAAAACCGCUCGUGUUCAGAGAUCCUAUGAGAAGCCUCUUCGACGAUGGCGUCCACGAACUCAGAGAAGAGAUGGAUUUUCCCUCUAGCAAUGGCUUUGUUCAUGUUCAUAUUCCUUGCAGCUGCAUCUUUCAACAUGGGUCUCCUCUCUUCCGUGCGUUCCAUUAACUCACUCAUCUUCUCCUCCAAUCUAUCAUCCGCAAACGAAACAACUGCCAAAUUCGCAGAGUCAAAGUUAAACCAGUCCUCUUCGCAUCCUCCUCCAGUACAAUCUAGCCCUCGCUUUGGUUAUCUAGUUUCAGGGUCAAGAGGUGACUUAGAGUCUCUUUGGAGGGUGUUGAGAGCAUUGUACCAUCCUAGGAAUCAAUACGUUGUUCAUCUCGAUCUCGAGUCUCCUGCUGAGGAGAGGCUUGAGCUAGCUAAACGUGUGAGGGAAGAUCCUGUUUUUAUCGACGUUGGGAAUGUUCACAUGAUCACAAAGGCUAACCUCGUUACAUAUCGAGGACCUACAAUGGUGGCUAAUACGCUCCACGCUUGUGCCAUUCUCUUGAAGCAGAGUAAAGAUUGGGAUUGGUUCAUCAAUCUCAGCGCCUCGGAUUAUCCUCUAGUGACUCAAGAUGAUCUUAUUCAUACAUUCUCAGGGCUGGACCCGAACCUCAACUUUAUCGACCACACUAGCAAGCUAGGAUGGAAAGAAGAUAAACGAGCAAAGCCAUUGAUCAUAGACCCAGGGCUUUACUCAACAAAAAAAUCAGAUGUCUUCUGGGUUACACCACGUAGAACCAUGCCAACUGCAUUCAAACUAUUCACCGGUUCCGCUUGGAUGGUCUUAUCACGGUCGUUUGUAGAAUAUUGCAUUUGGGGAUGGGACAAUCUUCCACGGACACUUCUGAUGUAUUACACAAAUUUCCUCUCUACACCAGAAGGUUAUUUCCACACUGUGAUCUGCAACGCACCAGAUUACUCGACCACCGUGGUCAACCACGACCUGCAUUACAUCUCCUGGGACCGUCCUCCAAAACAACAUCCUCGUACGCUCAACAUCAACGAUACAGAGAGGAUGAUUGCAAGCGGAGCUGCGUUUGCUCGAAAAUUCAGACACAAUGAUCCUGCUUUGGACAAGAUCGAUACAGAGCUGCUCCGUAGAGGUAAUGGGAACUUCACACCUGGUGGUUGGUGUGCAGGCGAACUGAAAUGCUCUAGGGUUGGUGAUCCUUCAAAUAUCAAACCGGGUCCUGGAGCUAACCGGCUACGAGCGCUUGUUCACAGACUUGUUUUUACAUCUAAAUUGGCUCAAAGACAAUGUAGAUAAGGCUCAAUGCGUUUUGCAGCUGAAUGCACACGCAGCGGACAUUAAGGGUUGAUUUCUGUUUAGAUGUUUUCUGUUUAGAUAUUUUUGCAAAGUGACAAAUAUUGUAGAGAUUGUCACUAUUCGAAGCCAGAAUAAUA